UAGUGGUAAAUAAUAAUUAAUCAACUCUUGUAAUAUUAGCAAGAAUUGAGUUAAGCGUAUGCAAUUAUGCAUGCUAGUAGCACUAGACGAGGGAGUGUUGACCUCGCAAGAGGCAGAUACGAUUUUUUUCGGUUCAAUUCGGAUUUAUUAGGUAACAAUUCUCUCAUUGACUAAUCUAUGCUCCAGAUAUUUAUGCUAGGAUCUAAUAGAACUGAGGGACUACUGGUUUUUAAGAAAUGUUUAGAUUGGUAGACUGUAUUUAAGAUUUCAAAUUAUUAUUAUUAACAAGGUACCUAUUUAAUUUGUAAUUAUGAAAUUGUAAACGACUAUUAGACAUGGUCAAGAUUUGUCUAGAAUUGGAUAUUGUGACAUUUGGUAGACUUUACUACUUUAUUAGAUUACCCAAGGUAUAUAAAUCUCUCGAAGGAUGAAAUAGAUAUUAUGAAUAAGUAUGAUUAGUCAUCUACUUAUCGACUUAGAAAUUAUCGAGAAAACGUGUCACCCAUAGCGGCGUUUGCGUAAACGAGUCACUGGGCAAUGGACUGGAACGCAAGGUCUCCGCCACCUUAUUGUUAAGUACUGUAUCGUUCUCAUUAACGCCAGUUAAAACAAUACCGCAGGAAGGAAACGACCGGACGCGGGCCCAGCCUUCCAAACUAUCACACCUUAAACUGAAAAACCAUUUCGUUCCACCAAAUUCAACCUUACUAUAAAUAAACCUUGCAAUAGCGAAAUGGCAUCAGUCGGUCAGCGCAAUCAACAUGUUGACAGUGUUUAUCCUUACCCUCGCGUCGGCUACUGCGCACUUCCACAAAGUUGAACUUGCUGAUGAGAAGACACCAUACGAUUAUGUAAAGGAACGCUUGGACUCUCUCGCGACUGACGCGAAGUCAGGAUUGCCGUUAUCUAACUCUUACGAAGUGGAAGAAAGUGCGGAUUACCCUGAGCAACUUGAAGGAGCCGCGUCUACCGUUUUGAACACGGUUGGAGGUGUCGGCGGCGUUGGUGUUGGUGGAAUCGGUUUAGGACAAGGUAUAGGGUACGGCGGAAUUGGACAGUUGGGAGUCGGUGGCGUCGGACUCGGACAAGGCUUAGGAAUCGGGGUUGGAGGCCUCGGAGGCUUGGGCGGAGUUGGUGUUGGAAAUGUUGGGGGCAUCGGACUUGGGGGCGUCGGUGUUGGAGGCAUUGGCGGUAACGGUAUAGUUGGCCAAGGCUUGGUUAAUCCUGGAAUUGGUAUUGGAGUAGGUGGACUUGGUCUUGGCGGAGGUCUCCUAUAUCAUCACCCUUUGAUACAACAACAGCAAGUAGGCGGAGGAUACGUCGAUAAGAACGCUUAUGACGCCGCUCAGAAGAAGGGUGCUGGUGAGAAUUUGGAGAAAAUAGAGAAGAAAGCUGAAGAGGAAGUAAAACAUGGCCAGGAAGGAUAUCAGCAGGGUGCUGCGGCUGCAAAGGCGGCUAAAGGAGAAUCCAGUUUUUACAAAGACGAAGAGGCUAAGAAAAAGGCCGCUGGAGACGAGAAAUUCUACGAGGGUGGUCAGAAAUUUGACAAACAUGGUGCCAACGAGGAGCAGCUAAAGAAAGCUAAAAGCCAUAAAAAGGGACACGUGAGCAAGGGCUUCAAGACAUCCAGCAGCAAAAACGAAGAGGAGAAGACUGAGAGCUUCUACGAUGAGGCUCAUGACGAAGCUGAUCACAAGAUCGCUGGCCAGAACGCCGGUUCAUUCGGUGAACAAUCCCAACAAGGCUUCAAGGGAGCACAUGAAGAAAAGAUCUUGGACGCCAAUGCAGCAGGCAAGGAAGGCCAUCACAUCUCCGAGCAGAAGAUCGACGACUCCAAGGCUAACAAGGGUGAAUUCCUGCAGAAGGGUUACAAGGGCGAAGCCGAACAGCUGGAGAAGUUCAAUAACCUCGGCGCGCACUCUGUCCACGGGCACCAGGAGGCCAGCGGCGGCUUCCAGCAGAGCAAGGGAGGCAGCAUCCUGCCAAUACAUCGUUAAAACGUACCGACCAAUAUAUGACCUGUUUGAAUGUUGA